AUUCCUCAUGAAUCGAAUCUAUAUAUUUUUACUACUCGCCCUGGGGUUCCUUGCCUUCAGUUGGGCUCGUCAGUGCAAGGAAGGUUUUAUUUUCAAUCCGAAACGGGAAAAAUGUGAAGCAGCACCGGCCACAGAAGCACCACCAAAAUGUCGACGUGGAAGGUACUGGGUUCCAGCGAAGAAAAAGUGCGUCAAGCUACGAAAAAUUAUUUCAGGAUUUUACCCCGAAACACAUCAUAACUCAACCCAUAGUGGCUUGAAACUUCCAUGUCCUAAGGGCACCUUACCUUUGGGAAAACUUUGUGUAAAGGAAUCAAUCAGGAAAAAAAAUAAUACCGAGACUACAGAAAAAACGAUGUUUUUGGAACCGAAGGGUUCCAAGUAUCAAAUUUUCAUAAAAGCAAAGCAUUAAGUUUGUUGGACAGUUCCUGCUUUUUCCUAAUGAUUUUAAAAUUUGAUUGCUUCAUGUUAUGAAGCUAUUAUCAUGUUAUGAUAAAAUUUUAAAAAUCAAUUAUGAGAAAAG